AUGGUGACGUUUUAUGACUUGAAAGCUGCUAUGCCGCAAGGCAAAUCCUUCGACUUUGCUCAGUUGAAGGACAAGGUCGUGCUUAUUGUGAACACGGCCAGUAAGUGUGGAUUUACGCCCCAAUUUGAGGGUCUGGAGAAACUGCACAAGACGUACUCUCCCCGUGGAUUCACGGUGCUGGGUUUCCCAUGCAACCAGUUCAUGUCGCAGGAUCCUGGUAACGAUGAAAGCAUCGGCAGCUUCUGCCUUCUCAACUACGGCGUCUCGUUCCCUAUCAUGGCCAAGUCGGAUGUGAAUGGCGACAAUGCGAACGAAGUGUUCAAAUUCCUCAAGCACGCCAAGCCAGGCCUGCUGGGCUCUGAAAUGAUCAAGUGGAACUUUACCAAGUUCCUCGUCGACAGGCAGGGCAAUGUCGUAGAGCGCUACGCUCCCACGACGGAUCCCAAGGACAUCGCCAAAGACAUCGAAAAGUUCCUUUAA